GGAUGUACAAGGUAUUAUAGAAAGAAUUGCCUUCAGUCUAGCUUGUCACGCAACCUUUUUUUUGAUCCACUUCCACAUGGUGGAACUUCUUUUUUAUAUGAGAGAGAGAGAGAGAGAGAGAGAGCCAUGAGUCUUGAGUUUUUGAGAGAAGAAAAGGUCACCCACAGCAGUGCUUGUCCGGCGGAUGGCAACCAUUCCGAGGUGGAGUCUUGGAAACAUGAUGCCGGAGCUCAAGUUGAGAAUUUGGAGGAGUCCCGGAAACAUGAUGCUGGAGCUCGAUUUGUUCUAAAAUCUAAAGGAUCAUGGCUUCACUGUGGAUAUCAUUUGACAACGUCCAUUGUGGCUCCAGCAUUAUUGAGUUUGCCAUUCGCGUUCUCAUCAUUAGGAUGGGUUGGUGGAGUGGUUUGCCUUAUUGUUGGUGCUUUGGUCACUUUCUACUCAUACAACCUUCUUUCACUUGUACUCGAGCACUAUGCAAAGCGUGGUCAUCGACAACUUCGGUUCCGUGACUUGACCAAUGAUAUUUUAGGUGAAAAAUGGGGGCGCUAUUACGUUGGCCCUAUUCAGUUUAUGGUGUGUUUUGGUGCAGUUAUUGGUGCAGCUCUACUUGGUGGACAGAGUAUGAAGUCCAUAUACCUCGUAUCAAGACCAUAUGGCUCAAUGGAACUAUAUGUAUUUGUGGUCAUCUUUGGGAUGUUUAUGCUCAUCUUAGCUCAAAUUCCAUCAUUCCAUUCAUUGCGCCACAUCAACCUCAUUUCCCUCCUCCUAUGCCUUGCAUAUAGUGCUUGUGCCACCGGGGGCUCUAUCUAUGUAGGGCACUCAGCUCAAGCCCCUCCCAAAGACUAUUCCGUAGUAGGAGAUAGCCAAGACCGUGUUUUUGGAGCAUUCAAUGCUAUCGCCAUCAUCGCCACAACUUAUGGCAAUGGCAUCAUUCCAGAGAUUCAAGCAACUGCUGCUCCUCCAGUCACAGGCAAAAUGUUCAAGGGCUUGUGCCUUUGUUACACAAUAGUUAUAGUGACGUUCUUUAACGUGGCCGUGUCCGGGUAUUGGGCAUUCGGCAACAAGGCUGAUAGCACUAUUUUCAGUAAUUUCAUUAAGGAUAAUGGUCACACUUUGGUACCAAAGUGGUUCUUUCUCAUGAGCAAUAUCUUUGUACUUCUCCAACUAUCAGCCGUGGGUGUGGUCUACUUACAACCCACAAAUGAAGUGCUUGAAGGCUUCUUUGCUAACCCAGAGAAGAAUCAAUACUCUGCCAGAAAUGUUAUUCCGAGGCUGGUUUUCCGAUCCUUAUCAAUCAUAAUUGCAACAACGAUUGCAGCAAUGCUUCCAUUCUUUGGAGAUAUCAAUGCUGUGAUUGGAGCUUUUGGUUUCUUGCCCCUAGACUUUGUGGUUCCAUUCAUUUUCUACAACAUUACCUUCAAACCAUCAACCAGAGGAGCUAUAUUUUGGGUCAACACUAUUAUAGCAAUUGUUUUCUCUGUGUUCUCAAUAAUUGGCUCCAUUUCUGCGGUAAGACAAGUAGUUUUGGAUGCCAAAAACUACAAACUUUUUGCCAAUCUGUAAUGAAUAUGAGUAAAUAGGCAAUCAUGCUAUAAUUAUUUUAAACAAAUUAAUAGGUAGUGCAACAAUAAAUUUUCCGACAGUACAUGUACGAGUAUUGAUUGCUAGCAAUUCAAGGAAUUUAUUUUUUGUAAUAGUAAUUCUCCAAAAACGUUAGCAACAACUAUUGCUUUUGAAAUA